UAAACAUCUUUAAGAAAUCAAAUCUUUAAGAUUUAAAUCAGCUAAAACACUCAUGUCUCCUUCUCUCAACACUGAAGAUUUAAACAUCUUUAAGAAAUCAAAUAUUUUCUGUACAAUUUGUGCUUGUUUGUACACCCUCCCCCACGAAAAUGUCUAUAAGAUGUCUUAGUUGUUUCAAAUUCAUGUUUUUCAAGAAGAAGCAGAGCAAGAAAGGAAACAAACCCCUGAAAGCAGAGAGAUUGCUAGAGCCGGUUAAAAAAAGAGAAGAUGGAAAAGACAAGAAGAGGCCUCCUAUGCAAGAAAGCAAGUCCUAUUCAUAUUGGAGCUCAUCACAUGUAGGCAGCAACGAUGUUGAACCGAAUGUCAACGAGUUGUAUGGACCAGAUGUCAUUUCUUCAUCAGUGAAUAAUGAUUUCAACAAAGUGAAGACCUUUGAUAUACGAGGAGUCACAGAAGUCGCGGCCAAGUGAAGAUUUAGAGAAGAGGUUCAGAGAUGCGUUGUUCAUAAUAUUAUCUGUAUUAUGUAUCUUAUCACAUUUUUUUUUAAUGCAAGCAUAUAUUUCUCAAGGUUAAAAAUAUCAAAAGUGGUAAGAAAAUAGCAAAGGAUUGACUCAAGAAUCAUGAUCAUCACUGUCUUCUUUUAUUUAAACUUGCUUUUUAUUCGGUCGAUUACAAAUGAUUGGG